AUGGCCGAAAUAAAGCCCGGUUGCCAGUGCGUUAAUAGACUGAUUGUCGAAAACCCUUGGUUCUGCAAGAAUCCUCUCUUUUGGACCGCCCAGCACCUUGAGCUCAUCAAGAUCCGCUUCCGACGCAUCGAUGCCCUCCCCGAAAUUCGAGAGUAUUAUGAAGUCAAGGAAGAUGACCCUCUUUACCAGUUGGCUCAGAGCUUCGCAAAGAGCAUUACUUCUGGAUCUAAGAGCGCUGCCUUUGCCAAAAUUCUUCAUCUAAUGGACACCAAACUGUCGCAUUUUCCCCAAGAAAAAGCCGUCUUCAUGUUUGACACCAAAGACGUUCACGUCUCGGACUGUUACAUCUACCAUUAUGGCUCUCCCGCUCUGUGCGAGGUUCCCAUCGUUGGCUACUUUCACUACGACGACGUGAAAUGGGCGCGCCUCAAGAAAAUCCGCCCUCAAAGUAACCCCGGCGACGGCGGAAACCCCCCUAUGGCUCGAGUCUGUCGUAUCCGACUUCGCAAAGUCAUUCCCACUGAGUGGUCCGAGGAUCCCUACCUCGUCGGUCUGAUUCUAUCCCUAGCCCAGUAG